AUGAGCGAGGAGAGCGAGUACAGAAUGAGACUGGUCACCCUUGGCGGCGGAGGAGUGGGCAAGAGUUCCAUCGUCAAGCGCUUUCUAUUCAACACGUACACGGACCGCUACAAGCCCACGGUCGAGGACCUCUUCUGCAAGGAGUUCGAUCUGGACACCAUGACUCUCAAGGUGGACAUCUUGGACACUGCAGGCGACCACCAGUUUCCCGCCAUGCGCAGACUGUCCAUAGCCAACGGACAUGCCUUCCUCCUCGUCUACAGCCUCGACUCGCUGGCCUCCUUCAGGCACGUCAAACAAUGCUUCGAGGAAAUCAGAGAGCAAAAGGCGGAUUUUCAGGAGGUCCCAAUCGUCGUGGUCGGAAACAAGCUAGAUCUGUCCGAAGACCGCCGUCAAGUCAGCAAGGAGGACGUGGCUGAAUGGCUUUUCUGCGAAUUGCCACGACUCCGAGCCAAGUUCAUGGAAUGUUCGGCCAAGGACAACGUGAACAUCCGCGAAGUCUUCAGAGCCUUUCUUCAGCUCGGCCGAAUUCCGCUGGCCUCCGAGCAGGCGCCAGCUCUGCAGCGACGCUGCAGCGCGAGGGUAACAGGACUCAGAACACGCGGUUUCUCGUCCACAUCCUUGCAGAGGGACCAGUCUUCGUCUACUGGAGGCGGAGAAUCGUCCUUACAAAAGUCAACAAGUGGCUCGACAGCUUUGGAUGGCUUUGGUGUGCAGAAGGCAAAGCCAAGAAGUCGUUCGCUCAUUCGAAGAACGAGCAAGAAGGCUAAGCUGAAAGAUCCGGCAGCUGGCGAUGACUGUACCGUAUCGUGA